AUGGGCUGGCUGGCUACUGGCUGCUGCACUCUAAUCGCUGGUUAUGUUCUAUACAACUUUUACAUUCGAGGCACCUCACACCGGCCCGUAAUAUCGUUACUCGGAGUUCACACUGCGCCCUCCCCUGUCCGCGCGAAAGAACCUGCACCCCCAUUGUCAGCGCCACCAGUCGACCUCAACGCUCCUACAGUUGAGACAGACGAACCCAAAACAAGAGACGUUGUGCUGCCAGAGAUAUCUGUGGACAUGAGAGGACAGAAACCCCCCAAUGCUCCGCCUGCAAUGGUAAUCAGAUCUUCGAGUCCAUCUCGUCUGAAACCACCAUCUUUUGGGGGCAUGCCUGCACCACCUCGACCAGGAAAUGGACUGAUGCGUCCUCCACCUUCUGCUGCGGCUUCACUGAGAGUGCCUCCCCAGAAAGUACUGCCAAACACGUCGAUGGCGCCAACCUCAUCCAUCAUGCCACCCGGGAAACAGGUUUCACGAAAAGUCAUCCUGGAGCCUGGCCACUCACCACUUGACUGGGCUGCGCUCACAGCCGAUCCUAAUGCACGACUACGUGGGAAGGACGUGCCAGAUAACCUGAUCAGAGUUACAUCCGAGCAGCUCAAGAAACAGAAUGGCAGAAAAGGCAAAGAUGCAUGGACUGUGUACAAUGGCAAGGUGUACAAUAUUUCUCCAUAUGUUCCCUUCCAUCCUGGUGGUGCUGGAGAGAUCUUGCGAGGCGCAGGCAAAGACUCAGUCAAGUUGUUCAUGGAGGUCCAUCCUUGGGUCAAUUGGGACGGCAUGCUAAGCGAAUGUCUUGUUGGAAUCUUGGUCGGAAGUGAGGAUGAAGCUUCCAGCAAGUCCAACAGUUUAGAUGACAUGGAUUGA